AUAAAAUUACCGAACUUUUCCCAAGCCAUGUCCCCGCGAAAAAGCAUUCAGGAAUGCUGUCGAAUCUGCACAAGUGCUCGAGAAGAUAUUGUCUCUCUUGAUUGUGUUGUGGUGGAAGGAAAAACAAUUGCUGAAAUGCUACGUUACAGUUUCAAACUGGAGGUUUAUGAAAAUGACGGGUUGCCUUACCGGUGCUGCAAUGAUUGCAAGAUAAACUUGGAAGUAGCUUAUAAAUUUGUAGUACGAUAUUUAGAAUCUGUUACUUGGUUUAAAUCAAGAAAUCACCCAGAAAUUAAUGUAAAUGGAAUGCAUACAGAGGAUUUGGGGAAGUCAGAGACUGAAGACUUUAUUGAUACUCAUCGCAAAUCUGACUCGAAUAAUCUAAAAAUUUCGGAUUCGGAUGUCAAAAUUGAAGAUGAUGAAGGCUCUGAAUAUCUAAAUGAGCUGGAUGAAUCCGUUUCAGACGAUGAGCAAGAGCAAGAAGAAAAUUAUAAAUGUAACAUUGAAGAAGUCAUUAUUCAGGAUGGAUUGGAAGUUCUUCAAUUCAAGCGCACAACAUGCGGAAAGGGAAAAUCUCCGAAACGAUGUUGCAGGUGCAGAACUCAUCUCAAAAGCAUGGAAGACGCACAGGACCACUCGAAAAAGCACCUUGAAUCAAAAAUUAAUGAUCCUCAAAAAGUUGCUGGCAGACCCUUCGAGUGCUCGUUUUGUUUUAAACGCUACGCUAAGCUGCGAACGUUGGUGCUUCAUCAAAAAGAAAUGUAUAUCGAAAAGCCUUUCAAAUGCAAAGAUUGUGAAGAAGAUUUCACUACGGAUGUUCAGCUGAGAGAACACAGAGCAAAUCAUGGUAAAGAUAAAGAUAAAUCAAACCGAAAGGGACAGCUACCGAAAUGCUGUGCAUGUUACGAGCAAUUUGAAACCGAUGAAUUGAUGAGAAAACAUGCCGAAGCGGUUCACUUUCCGGAAAGUCAGACUACUGUGAGUGAUAACGAUAAUCAAUUCGCUUGUGAUGUGUGCAAUCGUCGCUAUAAAACUAAGCGAAUAUUACUAGACCACAAGUCGAAGCCGUACCGCACUAAGCAGUACCAAUGUUCUCAGUGUGGUAGAAUAUUCAGGGAUAAGUGUGCUCUCUCUGACCACGAACGUUGCCACCAGGGAGAACGCCCCUUCGUGUGUACGGUCUGCUCGAAAUCGUUUGCCAUAAAAGAUUCUUUCCGAAAGCACGUUCGGUCGCAUACAAUCGAAGAGGACCGCUUUAAGUGUGAAAUUUGCGGAAAAGGUUUCAAAACGAAGGGCAAUCUUAAGGAUCACCAUAUUACGCAUGCUUCCGAUUACCGCCCCCUGAGCUGUAGCUUGUGCUCGGCUACCUUUGCGCGGAAAUCGUGCCUAAAAUCGCACAUGCGAAUGCACACCGGUGAGAAACCGUUCAAGUGUAACCUGUGCGAGGCAAGCUACGCAUUUUCCAGUGACCUCAAGCGCCAUAUAAUGGCCCAUAAGGGUAUUAAGCCGUACAUUUGCAGUGCUUGUGGAAGGGGUUAUCCGCGACAGGACUAUCUGCGGAAGCAUAUGGCCACCCACAACCAGAGCAUGUAUAAUAAUAUGUCGUCCAAGAUCUAUACAUUAGCGUGCCGCAUUUGCACCCAGGCAGAUGUAGACGAAAUGGAUUCGCUCUACGAUACCAUUGCUGACGAGAAGACACCAGCCCAAGUUAUUGAAGAAUUGUUUGGCAUUGUGAUCAAGCCAGAUGAUGGCCUUCCAACAAAAUAUUGCCAAAGCUGCAAGGAAGACUUGGGUGCUGCGCUGCGUUUUCGCUGCAGAUUACAAGAGGCCGAUACAAAGUUUAGUGAUCUGCUUGCGGUGCCGAAAAUCGAAAUAACGGAACCAGUUGAUGGUAACAUUUCAUCGGUGUUUAUAUCGGAAAUCUUUAUAAAGGCUGAAGAAGACGAUCAGACAGACUGCGAAGAAAUGCCAUUGAAUGAUGACGGGUCUUCCGUCGAAGCUGCUAAACCAAGAAUACGUCGAAAAAGUAAGCUACAGAACAAACGCAAGAAAAAAUCCGAAGAUAUUGGCGCUGAACUGCCGGAGGAAACGCAAGAGCAAGAGCAGCAAGUCUUUGUUGAUAAAAAUCUGACAGAUGAAGACGACGUAAAACCGGACGUAUCCAAGCCUGCCAAAAAACGAUGGACAGAAUUGAAGAUUUCGGAUUGCUCGUCUAGCGAUGAUAAUUUCUCUGACUACGACGACAGUGGACAAAGCUCGGAUAGUGACGCCGAAGAGAAACCUAAGAAAAAAAGACUUUAUUACGGCGUUAAAGCAGACUCACUGCCCAAACGAUGCUGUAGUUGUAAAGAUCUCCCAUUGGAUAGUCACGAGAAAGUUCAAGAACAUUCCGAUAAGUACCACUACAGAUACCGUAUCACCAAUGCUAGAGAAAUUGAAGAUAACCCGUUUGAAUGCUUGAACUGCUAUAAGCGGUUCGAUUCAAAGAAAGAAUUUUUGCGUCAUCAACGUAAAAUGUACGUUGAACGGCUACAUCCAUGCCCCAAAUGCGACGAAGAGUUUGCUAAUCAUUACGUACUGCAACGACAUCUGAAACUAUAUCAUAAGAAAAAGAUGAUUAUUGAGCGGAUGGAAGAAUUACGUCAAGAAUCGCAUAUUUGCUGCGCUUGCAAGAAAAAGUUUGACACUAGUGAACAGCUAAAAGCCCAUGCCGAGGAGAUUCACCUGAAGGAACGGCACACCUACGAGGGAGAUUUUGAGUUCGAGUGCGAAGUGUGCUACAGGCGCUUCAAAACACGACAAUCUAUGAAGGUACAUCAGUACCGGAUGUUUAAGGGGAAAAAGUUUAUUUGUGCGCUCUGCGGCAAAGCGUUUAAGGAAAAAGCUUUUCUGCGUGAUCAUGAAAACUCCCAUCGGCGAGAAAAACCUUACGAGUGUCCGAAAUGCGACGCACGAUUUUCGAUCAAAGGUUCGUACGAUGCGCACGUCCGACUGCAUGACGCGAAAGAGGAAUUUAAGUGUGAAUACUGUGGCCGUGGCUUCCGUACUAAAAGCUUGCUCAAGGGUCAUCUCACCGUACACUCGGAGGAUCGUCCAUUCAAGUGUCAUCUCUGCCCGAUUACGUUCACCCAGCAGCGAUUGCUGGAUUCUCAUAUUGAGUUUCACCUCGGCAAUAAACCGUUCAAGUGUCAACAGUGUCCCGCCUCAUAUCGGUACCAGCGCGAUCUGAGGGGUCACAUCCGCGAGAAGCACGAAGGAAUACUUAGUUUCCAGUGUACGUACUGUCCGAAGGCGUUCAACCGCAAGAAACCAUUGAUGGUCCAUCUGAAAACACACGAAGCCAUUUAG